AUGGUUGCUUUGACAAAAUUAUUAUUACCCAAAAAUACAAGUGUUGUAAUAUCAAACUCUCCAAUUUACCUUUCUCGUAGUAGCAUAGUUUUUAAGUUAUUUGUUCGAGAAAACUUGUUUUACACCAUGGAGAAGGGACUAUUAGAUGAAUUUUCUCAACAUGGUCAAGUUAUUGAAGCUAAAUUAGUGACAGAUAAAUUUUCAGAGAGAUCCAAAGAUUUUGGAUUUUUCACCUAUGCAUCUGAAGAUAAAGCGGAGAAGGCGUUGCAAGAAAUAAAUGGCAAGCCUCUCAAUGGACGUGUUGUCUUUGUGGACUAUGCAAAAUCUAAAACUGAUAGUGGUGUUAUGCCAAGAGCUCAAGGUCCCCCCAAACCACCAGUAGAACAAUGA